AUGCCUUCUGAACUGGUCGGUAAGACCGUCAGUCCCUUCCUGAAGGAGCACAUCCCCGGCCUCUAUGCACCCUUCGGCAAGGCCAAGCAGGCACUUCCUCAGACACCCAGCCGCAAUCCCACUGUUCGCAAGAAGGAUCCCAAUAGCAAGUACUGCUAUCGUCACCGCCCCGAUUCCAAGUGUCGACGUGCUGCCGACGAGACCAAGAUGGGCUUCAUCCAAAGUGAACUCAACAGUCUCUCGUCAGCCGAUCAAGAAGCCAUCACGCACGUGUGGUCGCUCUUCUCUGCAGCCCCCUCAAAACACCGCGAGCUGAUGCUCCAGGGCAUCAUCACUCAAUGCUGCUUCCCUCAGCUCUCCACCGUGUCGCGCGAGGUCCAAGAACAGCUAAAGAUCGACUUCCUUACCGCCCUCCCCACCGAACUCUCCUACAAGAUUCUGAGCUACCUCGACACCGUAUCCCUCUGCAAAGCGGCGCAGGUCAGCCGACGAUGGCGCAACCUGGCUGACGAUGAUGUCGUGUGGCACCGCAUGUGUGAACAACACAUCGACCGCAAAUGCACAAAAUGCGGCUGGGGCCUACCGUUGCUGGAGAGGAAAAAACUCAUGGCGUGGAGCCGCCACCAACAAGUACACCGACAUCUGCGGGCCGCCGACGUGGUUGAGCUUGACGAGGACGCCGAGACACAAAGCAGCGAAUCGCGAAAGCGCCAAGCCGACGAUCACGAUCACGACGAUGAUGACAGAGGCGCAAAGCGACCCCGAGUAAACGGCACGAGCAAGUCGCGACAACAACUUGAACAAGAGCGCAAGUUCCGACCAUGGAAGGAUGUCUAUCGGGAUCGUUUCAAGGUGGGGUACAACUGGAAGACGGGUCGUUGCUCCAUCAAGACCUUCAAGGGUCACGAGAAUGGCGUCACGUGUCUCCAGUUUGACGACAACAUCCUGGCCACGGGCUCCUACGACACGACCAUCAAGAUCUGGAACAUUGAGACGGGAGAGGUGAUGCGCACGUUGAGAGGCCACACGUCGGCAGUGCGAACGCUCCAAUUCGAUGACUCCAAAUUGAUCAGCGGUAGCUUCGACAAGACGAUCAAGAUCUGGAACUGGCAGACCGGGGAGUGUCUCAGCACACUCCAAUGUCACACCGAGGGUGUUUUAUCGGUCCACUAUGACGGCUGCACCCUGGCUUCAGGCUCGAUUGACAAGACGGUCAAGGUGUUUAGCUUUGAUACCAAGCAGACGUUUUGUCUACGGGGCCAUACCGACUGGGUCAACCACGUGCGCAUCGACUCGCCCUCGCGAGUUGUGUUUUCCGCAUCGGAUGAUCUCUCGGUCAGGCUCUGGGACUUGGACUCGAAGCAAUGCAUCAAGACCUUCCUCGGCCACGUGGGUCAGGUGCAGCAGGUUCUCCUGAUGCCGGCGGACUUUGAGCCGGAUGAGAUGCCCCACUUGGACAACUCGGAUGCGGCGUCGGUGUCGAGCGGCCGGAGCAACACCCCGGUUGCGGCUCCGGAGCAGCCCUCGAAUGAUCGGGCGGCCUACGGACCGGGCUUUGCGGAUGAGUCUCGACCGCUGCCUCCACGAUACAUGCUCACUGGUGGCCUGGACAACACAGUUAGACUCUGGGACACGGCCACUGGCAAGUGCAUCCGCAGCAUGUUUGGUCAUGUCGAGGGCAUCUGGGGUCUCGUCGGUGACACCCUGCGAGUAGUCACGGGUGCUAAUGACUCGAUGACCAAGAUCUGGGAGCCUCGUUCUGGCAAGUGUGAGCGCAGCUUCACCGGACAUGCUGGCCCUGUGACAUGUGUCGGCCUCAGCGAUAGCCGCAUGGCGAGUGGUAGUGAAGACGGCGAGGUUCGCCUAUACAGCUUCGAAGGCGAGCGCGUUGAAGAACGUGGCACGCCUUCGUAG